AGGAAAAUGUAGUGGCAAAGGUAGAAGAGUGCCGUAUGAAUUUGGUGGCAUUUCCACAACUCUCCCUCCCUCCGCCCAAAUCCGCCUUCAUCCCACCACCAAUUUCCCCUUCCCGCCGCCGAUCUUAUCCCCUUGAAUACAGUCGGCAGAUGGCGGCGACUUCUUCUUCUCCGGCGGCGAUUAGGCUGCAACCAAUUGAAGCAACGCCGGAGAGUUUCAGCGAAUUCGGUCAGGUGAUCGAGGCGUCGCCGGACGGCGAUGAGUUCGGCCCCCUCGAUGCGCAGCUCGACCUGUCCCGUGGCAUCCCUAGGUUCUACAUCAUGCAUCUAGAGGACAGGCCUCUAAGGUUCUCGACGAUCACUCACCACGCGAGCGUCACCCAGUGCCUCGGCUCCAUUGGGGGCCACAUCUGGUACCUCGGAGUCGCGAGGCCGUCCCUUGUCGAUCAAGGCGAAACCGGAGCCGAGAAUGCGGUGAAAUCACAAUGCGGGCACUCGUACGUCCCUCCGGCCGUUGAUGGCGUACGCGUCUUCAAGGUCUCGGGUCCCAAGUUCUUGAAGCUCGACCGGGGCACUUGGCAUGCCGGGCCGUUGUUUCUUGAGAAGACGAUGGACUUCUAUAACUUGGAGCUUAGCAACACCAAUGUGGUUGAUCAUACAACGCAUGAUUUUGUAAAGAAGAAUAAUGCAGUGUUCGUGUUUGAUGAGUAGCCUUUUUCUUCAAUCAAAACGACCGAUUUCUGCUCGGAGAGAUCAUAAUUUGUAAUUUGAAGAUUGCACUUUUAUGUUGUUAGUUGAUCUCUGUAUCUCUUUCCCUCUUUCGAAUUUGUAAAACACUCAAUAAAAAAAAAUUCUUUAUUUCUAAA